AGACGACAAAAUAUUUUUUGAGAAACAAGUACAGUUUGGCAAUGCUGCGUGAAGUGCAAUAGCAACUUUGACAGUUGGAGUACUUCACGUGUGAAGUGCAAUAGGCGCGACAAUCUUAUUUACUGGUUCCUGAUGCUACAUAUUUUAUUUUAUUUUUUUUAUAGAGAGCAUUUUUACCAAGUCUUCCAUGUUCUGUGUAUCUUCUUCACUUUCUUCAAAGAGAAGUUCUUCACUAAGGCUAUUCCUUGAUUCCCAUAUGGAGCUUUUAACACGUUUGCGUAAAGAGACUAGUGAUAAAAACGAAGAAAUCCGCCGAAUCCAAUCGGAACUUAUUUUGCGAAUGGAUGAUUUGAAACGAAAAGUAAAGGACCUGGAAAAAAAUAACACCGAGCUUGAACAGAGGUUGUGUGAUGUCCAACUUCCUGAAUCUUCUAGUCCCGAUACCGAUGUUGAAAUCAUUAAUUUAAAAAAGAAGCUUAAGAAAAUGGAAAAUGAGUAUGAAACUUCUUGUCAGAAGUAUUGUGAUCUCUAUAUCAAAUUGGUUGCAAUGAAAACCCAACAAGAAAAAGACCGUAAACAGAUACUACAACUUCAGCUCAAUUUAAACGAUACUGUGGCUCGUUUUGAGAAAGGAUCCUCAGAGUAUCAGCUUCUUCUGGACUCCAGCCGAACUGAGAAUGCUGAAUUGAAACAGUUAUUGGAAGAAAAAGCUCUUUGGAUUGAUGAUUUGGAAGAAAAAAGUCGGACUUUUUCUGAGAUGCAUGCACGUCUGAAUGCGCCCAGGUUUCCUUGCGAAAACGAAAGCAUUGGGUACAACAGUCUACUGUCCAUUGAGACCGAAAAGUUGCAUUGUGAUUUGGAAUCUUAUCGCAGAGAUUUGAUCCGCCAAUUCAAUCAAUUUAACUCAGAAAAAAGUAUUUUUCAACAACGCACUGCUGCUCUAGAGGAAGACAAACGGAAUCUCCAUCGCCAAAUUGAAGAAGCUAACCUAAAAAAUCAGUCUCUUCAAGUUAAAUUGGAUCAGACCGAGAAAAGCUUAAAACAAAUAAUGCGUAAUUGUGAAUCUUUUAGCAAAGAGAGGGAAGAACUUCAUCACUCGCUAGAUGAGCUUAAGUCAAAAUUUGACAAUGAGAUGACCCACGCUCAACAGCAAUUUGACAUCCACACUAAAAAAUCUUUGGAAUUCGUUCUUUACAUUGAUAAACUGAAUCAAGAACUCAAAGAAACUCAAUCUGCAAAGAAGGCUUUGGAGCAGUACAUCCAAGAAGUGAAUGAACAAAAAUUGGGAGUAGGCCAGUCAAUAACAGCUUUGGAACAGAGGGGAAGUGCAGCGUGUAAUGUAGGAACAUUAGCCGAUGCCAUGAUUGACGCUCGACGUCGUUCAAUGCGUCCAACCCGCAGUGAAGUUGCGUCUACUAGCAAAGAGCGACAGGAAACCAUCGAAGUAUUCAGACCUCCUCAGUUGGCCUUCAGUGAUGACUCGGAGGAUGUCAGUAGUAUUUUAAAAGUAUCUCCCAGUCGCCGCGACUCGACAAGCAGUGUCUGCAGCAAUCGUAGCGACAUUCAUAUUACAUCACGGGGUACAAACGUUCCACACGGAGCAGGUCGUCUCUCUACCUGUGACGAUGAAGACGGGGAGCUGUUCAGCAGUUCAUACUUGAACGAAAUGAAAGAAGGUAAAUGCCGAGUGGAAGACUCCAGCACUCGGGUCAGUGAGUUGCUUAGGCGCAACACCAUUCAGCCGCCGCACAUGCGUUCAGCUUAUCCCAUCGAAAUGAACGAUGAACGCCUUCGUCAGAACGACAUGACCAUCUACGAUCAGCCCAAAGCCAACUCCAGCAGGUCAGAUGCCAACUCUAACAGUGUAUUGACUCAGCAGACGACGAGUCAAACCCGCCGCCUACUCCGCCAACGCGUGGUGGUCAUGCCGGGAACCGCGGUACCGACGAACGUUCCAGCCCAAAUCGCCCCAGCUCCAGCCCUGGAUCCAGACAUCGAGCCGCGCCAGAAACAACAACGUCCUCGCAAGAAAUACGGCCCGCCAACUCGAUGUUCAGCCAGAACACGUAAAGCCACGGUUCGCUACCAGGCCUAGCGCCGGAACAUGCGAGCCGCAACACGGGUUUUUAUUUAUUUUUUAACCCCCUCCCGCUAUUUGUCCCCCUUCGUCUCAAUAAUCCAACUACCCAAGUAGUGAAUUGUCUCAUUUUCAACUUCUCAAUUUUGUAUGUCAAUUUUUUUCGUUUAAACUAUUUUUUAUUUUUCAUUUAGAUAAACAGCAUCUCGUUGAAUUGGAGAAACUACUGUUGUCGACUGAGUUCUUCUUUAUUUUAAUCCCCUCUGUCCUCGUGUACGCCCUUGUGUGUUUGGUAGUACUCACGAGGGCCUCCUUUUUACCCUUU